AUAGAAAUCUCGAGCUCGUAAUCUAAUUGUUUAAUAUAAGCCUUAACCGAUAAGCCGAUAAACUGCAAACAUUUUCGCUGCCCAAAUAUAGCAACCUUCCGAGAUCUUCCAAAAGUAGCGAUAGGAAAAGGCUCUUAAAUCCGAAAGUGACGAGAGACCAUCGGAACUUAACGAUAUCUCCUUCGUUCCUUCGUGUAGCAUACAGCAUCUGCACUCUAGGCUUGCUUAAUUCGUAGACCUCAAUAUUUCGUCGCGGUCAAUUCGUUUCAAGUCACGUGGUCAUUCGCCUCGGAUACGUCACCGAAAUUUACCGUGAAGGGCUAGGAGAAAAAAUUUAGGUUCUGGCAGACUACCACCUACUUUUUUUUUUUCCCCGUUCGCGAAGAGUUGAGACAUAAGUAUAUAUGCAAAAUAAACGCUUUCCGCUUUUGUUAAGUCGAUCUACCGAUCAAUUGAAUUGAACCAAAUUUUAUAGUGUGGUAAUAAAUAUACAUAAAUUAAUGCAGUUAAAUGUUUAUCCCACCGCAGUACCGAAUUACGUAUACUUAAUCACACCAGUUUCAGCGCAGCGUUCUCUGAGAGUGUCUGAACAUUCUACUGACAUCGUCUUUGCGAGUCUGUCUUUGUCUUUGCGGAGAUCGGUGUGCACUACUUUUGACCAUGUUUGAAUCAAUUUCUUUACGCUAUAUAUAAAAAUGUUUAUUACACAUGAAUAAUAGUCAUAAUACCAAGAUUUUAAUACCAAUUAACAGAAGAUGCUUUUUCACAUUAGCGGUCAUGAAUACACGCCAACACCGCUAUAUAAGCUUAAGUGAAGAACGUCAAGUGUUGAGCUUUAUUUUUUGAUAUGAGGCAUUUGCACUGUUAAGUUCUCACGACCCCACUGUGGGGAUUUUGUAUGGACCAUCUGCUACACAGUGGGGCAUUUGCCACUUUAUGAAAACAAAAUGUCAAAGGGCCGUGCAACGCUGGCGGGGGAUGGGUGGGCUUCAUGGAAUUGACAGAGCCAUAAGAGUCGCACGGGGCUAAACAACGAGAGAGACAACUGGCAUACAAAGCAGUACGCGUUAACUAGACAAAUUAAUUAUACUCAAAGCCGUCAACAGAUCGAACGCGUCGAACGAGCCAUGCUUCAUCUAUUCUUAGAAAUCAAUGUUAUUGAUCUACUGAUUUCGAUUUCAAUACUCGGCAUGCAUAAAAAUGUGACUUACCGGCCAACGUCGAUUUAUACGCGUAGCUUUAACUUUCUAAUGGACGUCAAUACUCGAAGAUUCGAGUCGCGGCCUAAUUGAUGUCAAUGCCUACUCCUUCUUCACUACAUGCACAGUGUUUCCAGAAAAAUCGCAUGAAAUCAUCACUGUCGCUUUUUGGCCGAAGUCCCGCAAAACGACUACUCCCAGCUAGAUUACCCUGCCUGAAAGCAGAAGUUCCGGGACGAAAGAAGCACUUUGUUUUUGGUCCAGUUUCAUGUUACGUUUCCAGACAUGCGGGGACAGGAUCGUGUUCAACUCCUGGACAGAAUAUUUUUGGAAGCUUGAAAGUGGUGAACUCAAACGAUGCAGACAACCAUUAUCUACCAGGCGUUCCACGUACCAGUACCCAAGUCUCCCUCGGUCGCCUCUUUACUUAUCACUUCCGCACAUCUGGAACAUAAUUUAUGACAGGACGUUGUUUGUUUCAGCUAUUUUCGUCGCAGUUUGUGAAACAAGUUCACGGAAAACAUAACCGGGGAUUGACUUUCGACCAUCUGUUCAUAAUUCGUGCGGCUGGCUUUGAAUUUCGUUCAAUUCAAGUCAAGAAGUCUUCUUAACCAAAUGGCCACGGCCUCUCCAGCAACCACCGUUACAGCUAACCUCACACGCGUUUUGAACGAAGAAUUGUCUUGUCCGAUCUGUCUGGAAGAACUUAAAGAACCUAAGUGUCUUCCGACUUGCGCUCAUAACGUAUGCAAAGUAUGCCUCGAAAACAUGGCUCGCUCUGAACCUGAAAUCAUUCGUUGUCCAACGUGCAGGCGGAUUUCUCAGGUGCCACCCGGUGGGGUAAGCUCUCUGCCAACAAACAACGUGCUCAUUAAAUUCCUUGAGAUCACGCCUGGAAGGCAAGAACGAAUAGACAUUCAGAAAUCACUCGAGAAAAGUAAACCUGUGGUUGAAGAGAUGGAAAAAAGGCUUGCCAUUCUAGAUCUCGCUUUGGAUACCUUGCAAGUCGAUUGGAAGAAAGCCAAAGAUGACGUCCAUUUGACUGCAAAUAUUGUGAUGGAAUUGGUCAGAAACCAGGAGAGCAAGUUUUCCGAGGAUAUCGAGGACUUUUACAGCAAGAAGCAAAAAAUGCUUCAGAAUCAAAGGAAGAAUUUGAGUAGUUUGCUGGCAAAUUCUUCAGCUUGUAUUGAUGCAGCUGAAGGAGUUGUCGUGAACGGGGACCCUCAAGAAUUAACAGAGAUGUCAAAGGUACUCACUGAACAACUCCAGGAGAUAAGCAUCAUGAAUUUUGAGGAUGCUAAUGAGUUGAAACACAGGUGUGGGGAGCAGCUUGAAUUUUUUCCUAACCAUGAUUUGCAAAUUAGCCUGGAGAAACACAGCAUUGGUGAGGUGCGGCAUAAAAUAAUGGAGAGAAAGUUCUCCAGUUUCAGCAACCCAAGGGAUGGCUCUGACAUCGAACCAAUUGGCAGAGUGAUCAAGAAAAUUGGACAUAAAGGGUCAAGGAAAGGUAAUUUCAAGAACCCAGGGGGUGUGGCUUCAAACACUCAGGGAGAAAUUGCUGUUGCUGAUUAUUUUAACAAUAGAGUUGAAGUCUUCAAUGAAGCUGGAAAGUUUUUGUUUAAAUUUGGCAAGAAAGGUAGUGGUGAUGGACAAUUCCUGGGUCCAACUGGAAUAACGUAUACCAGGAAUAACAAAAUUGUUGUCUUGGACAGCAGGAAUUUCAGGGUGCAGAUCUUUGACAAAACUGGCCAUUUCCUCAUGGGCUUUGGCAAGAGAGGCUCAAAUCAGGGCGAAUUUGGAUGGGCAGAAGGUGUUUCUGUCGAUGAAAAUGACAAUGUUAUUGUCACGGACACUGAAAACAACCGUGUCCAGAUCUUUUUGCUGGAUGGAACAUUUGUGCGUCAAUUUGGUGGGCGUGGCCCAGAGGGUUUUGACACACCAUUAGGCACUGUCUAUCACAAGGAAGAAUUCUACACUUCUGACAAAGGAAACAAUUGCGUCAAGGUGUUUGAUUGCAAUGGAGUGUACGUGCGGCAGUUUGGCAGGGUGGGUCCUGCUACUGGUGAAUUUAGGUGUCCAAGAGGAAUUGCUGUGGACAGAUCGAAUGACUGCAUUUUGGUAUGCGACAGUGAGAAUAACUGUGUACAUGUUUUUAAAUUAGAUGGUACAUAUGUUGUGAAAUUUGAAACAAAAAAGACACCGGUUGGGAUUGAUCUGCUCAAAGGGAAAAAAGUAGUUGUGUCUUCAUAUUAUGGGCAUUGUGUUCAGAUUCUCUCUUACAGGAGCUAGUUGUCAAACCAACAAAUUACAGGAUUGCAAAAUUAUGCAUGGUUUCAGUAAAUAAUCCAAAGUCAACACAAGGUCAUUGAAAUUUCCAAAUGAGAGGGGGUUGCAAAGCUACAUUGUAGAAUUUCCAGAGGGGUACAAGUGGAUGAGUGAGACGGAUAUUUUCUGAAAUAGCACAUUGCUAUAUUUGAGCCUGUGAGCCUACAGUAUAGACUUUGUUCUUUAACAAUAAGUGCCUAGCAAGGAAACUGCAGAAAUGAUGGAUUUUCUCAUAAUUUAAAGCUUGCGCAAUCAUUAUCAAACAAAUUUAUGGUGCAAGCCCCAUCUCUUGACUCCCAAAUGUUGUAAUGGUUUGUCAUCAUUGCCACUCUUAGCCACCGAGUGUUUUCAGUG